AUGGGUGACUGGAGCUUUCUGGGGCGGCUGUUGGAAAACGCUCAGGAGCACUCGACGGUCAUCGGAAAAGUCUGGCUGACCGUCCUCUUCAUCUUCAGGAUCCUGGUGCUGGGGGCCGCCGCCGAAGAGGUGUGGGGCGAUGAACAGUCAGACUUCACCUGCAACACGCAACAACCCGGUUGCGAGAACGUCUGCUACGACGAGGCCUUCCCCAUCUCGCACAUCCGCUUCUGGGUCCUGCAGAUCAUCUUCGUGUCCACGCCAACGCUCAUCUACCUGGGCCAUGUGCUGCACAUCGUCCGCAUGGAGGAGAAACGGAAGGAGAAGGAGGAGGAGCUGCGCAAGGCGAAUCGAUUCCAGGAGGAGAAAGAACUCCUGUACAGAAAUGGAGCGGAAGCGGGUGGAGCAGGAGGAAGGGGCGGCGGGAAAAAGGAGAAGCCGCCCAUCAGGGAUGAGCACGGCAAAAUCCGCAUCAGGGGCGCUUUGCUGCGCACCUACGUGUUCAACAUAAUUUUCAAGACCCUGUUUGAAGUGGGAUUCAUUUUGGGCCAGUAUUUCCUCUAUGGCUUCCAGCUGAGGCCCCUGUACAAGUGCGAGCGGUGGCCCUGCCCCAAUGCCGUGGACUGCUUCAUAUCCAGACCCACUGAAAAGACCAUUUUUAUCAUAUUUAUGCUUGUGGUGGCUUGCGUGUCUCUUUUGCUGAAUUUGUUAGAGAUCUAUCACCUCGGAUGGAAGAAAGUUAAACAGGGGAUGACGAAUGAGUUUGCGCCGGACCACGAGUCCCUGCGCCGAGCCGACAUUGCGGAGCCCGAGAGCAUGGUCCCGCCCUCCAGAACUGCCCCGCCCAGCCUCAGCUACCCUCCCAACUACACAGAUGUGACGGCGGGCAGCAGGGCCUUCCUACCCACCUCAGCAGCAGCAGCAGGGGUCGUGACCUCGUCGGGCACGUUGAAGAUGAACGACCUCCAGCGGGAGGAGGGUCUCCGCCAGCCCUCCCCCUCCUCCCACUACUAUAUCAGCAACAACAACAACCACAGGCUGGCCGCCCAGCAGAACUGGGCCAACCUAGCCACCGAGCAGCAGACUCGGGAGAUGAAGGCCACGUCCCCCUCACCCUCCUCAUUCUCCUCAGUCAGCAAUGCUAAAAACGCGCAGCAGCUGCCCGCCGAUGCUGCCCUGCUUCUCCCGACCGGCGCCGCCGGCAAGGCCAACAACAGUGACAUCAGCAACCCCAACACCGCCGCUGCUACGACCACCACGACCGCCACCGCUCUCACCACGACGACCAGCAGCAGCGGCAGCAGCCCCAGCCCCGGCUCCAAUGUGGGCAGCUGGGGGGGUGGGAAGAGUGAGCCGGAGGAGGGCCACGUCACCACCACCACAGUGGAAAUGCAUGAGCCUCCAGUGACGGUCGGCACAGACCCUCGACGGCUCAGUAGAGCAAGCAAGAGCAGCAGCGUCAGGGCCAGACCAGAUGACCUGGCUGUCUGA